UUGAUUGAAAACUGGUUUAUUUUUUAACUCAUUCACUGAAUUAUGAAUGAAGGAGGAGUGUGAGUUUCAUUUUUGCUAAACAGGCUGCUUCUAGUGAAUAGAAACCUAGAGAAUCCGCAAGCGCUGAGUGGCUUUAUCAGUCUCAUUCUGAUCGCUGGAUUUCACUCUGCAUCAGGACCACUGAAGGAGAAUGUAAAGAAGCACAAUGAGUUCAACAUCGAGGCAAAAGAAGAAAAAGAAAAAUAAAUUUGGUGCGACGUCUCCACCGUUCAUUGAUUACUUGAAAGAAAUUUUGAGAAGGUACCCAGAUGGGGGACAAAUAUUGAAGGAGCUGAUACAGAAUGCAGAUGAUGCAGGAGCUUCACGUGUGGUGUUUAUUCAUGAUGAGAGGCAUUAUGGGACUCAGAGCCUGUGGACUGAAGAGCUUGGACAGUAUCAAGGACCUGCUCUCUAUGCCUUCAAUGAUGCAGCCUUCACAGAGGAAGACUGGGAGGGAAUUCAGAGAGUUGGCAGAAGCAUCAAGCAGGAUGACCCAACAAAAGUUGGGCGAUUUGGGAUCGGUUUCAACUCUGUCUAUCACAUUACAGACUUGCCAUGUGUAUUUAGUUCUGAACACCUUGCCAUUUUUGACCCACGAAAGAAAAUGUUUGGAGAUGAUGAAGAAGGCUAUCGAUGGUCUUUGAAUGACGAGGAGGACAGAGAGAGCCUUUUGAACUUGAGAGAUCAGUUUCAGCCCUUUCAAAGUGUUCUCAGUCAAGUCAACAGUUGUUCCUGGGAGAAGGUCAUCAGUGAGGAGCAAUACUUCAAAGGAACGCUUUUCCGUUUCCCUCUGCGUAAUGAAGCUUCUGAGAUCUCCGAUAACUUGUAUGACUUCAAAAAAGUUACACAGCUUUUUGACAGUUUCAUUGCUGAUGCAGACAUCAGUCUUCUUUUCCUGAGAAAUGUGUCAUCCAUUACUUUGCUGCAUAUUGACACCAAUGGCUUCUGCAACAAUAGGUUAAAAGUUUCAGUGUCGAAUCAAUUUGACACAGACCUCUCUCAUGUCAAGCAGGAAUCAUUUGACAGAAAAACUUGUUUCAAAACGGUAUCACACAUUUCCCAUCAAAUGAAAGAAACAAAGUCCCAGUGGCUUGUGACAACUUGCCUUCUGAAACACGGAUCUAUACCAGAAAUUGACUCUCUAGCCAGUAAGCUGAGCUUCUACCCUCAAGCUGAUGCAGCUUUUCGAUUAGAUGAAGACAGAUCACUUUGCAGUGGGCGACUAAGUUGCUUUCUGCCACUUCCAAAUAAUGAAUCAAACAAAACUGGGCUUCCCAUUCACAUCAAUGCUUGCUUUGGCCUGACAGAUAAUCGGAGGUUCAUUAAGUGGCAAGAGGAGGAUCAGAAGAAUGAUGAGUCUGCAAAGUGGAAUGAGAUACUUAUAAAAGAUAUUCUUCCUCAUGCAUAUCUUAUGAUGAUCCUGGAUGCCAUUCAGUUAUCCAAAAACUCAACCCUGCCUGCUGCCACUGUGUACAAUCUUUGGCCUGACCUAUCCAAGACUGUACAUAAAGACAGAUGGCAUGAAGUUGCAACAGACACUCUGAAGGGUCUAACUGAGUACAAUAUCUUUCACCUUGCUGAAGAUGAGAAAAUCUGGGUGUCUCCCUCAGAUGCGGUUCUUCCAGUCAACAAUAUAUGUAGUGACACAAUGUCUGCAAUAUCAAGAUUACUGAUUGCUGAAGGAGAGAACCUGGUCACACUCCCAGAACAUGUUUUGAAAGAUGUUCAAGAAAUCUUUCCUAAAAGUGACACCUUGACAUGGGUGACUCCGUCUUAUGUUAGAGAUGUCCUUCACAGAAGUAAGGUUGGAAACCUCAGUAAAGAUGACAAAUACUCUCUUCUUGAAUUUGCUCUCAGUGAUGAGAAGUACACAGAACUACAAGGCCUUAAGCUUCUGCCUCUCAGCGAUGGAACCUUCACUUCAUUUAGCAAAGGAGCACAGAACACUGUUUUGAUCGACAAUGAGAAGUUUCCAAGAACAUUGCUGCCAUUUUGUAGAGACAGAUUUUUACCCAAUGAUCUGAGCCAUUUUUGCACUAUGCAACUAAGGAAACUAGCAACAAUGAGCAUAUACAACAUAAUCGAUUUGGAUGCAAAUCAUGUUGUUGCACUCACCAAGAAGCACUUACCCAUGGACUGGAAGAUGACCCAAGGUCAUGUGACAUGGAAAACAGCAGAAGAUCAUCAUCCACCAAAGAGCUGGCUGGCUGAAUUCUGGAAGUUUCUUAGCACUGAAUGGAAUGAGUUAAAUGACUUUAUUGACAUGCCUUUAAUACCACUGGAGCCACUACACGGUUCAGGCAAUUCUGUAUUGUUAGCAAGGUUGCAGAGUAACACAACUUUGAUUUUUCAAAGGAGCACAGCGUCUAGCUUGUCAGAUCAUGUUCAGAAAGUGUUAAGGAUGGUGGGGUGUACAGAGAUAAAAAGAGAUGAGUGUCUUAGACAUCAUGACAUUGAGAGGUAUGUUCUUCCAGCUUCACCAAGAAGUGUCCUACAAGCCUUUGUAAACUCACACAGAGAUCAGGUCAUCAAAGGCAUUGCCUCUGCAUCAUCACAGGAAAUAGAGGAGUUGAAAGUGUACCUCUCUUCUUUAAAUUCUCUGUCAAAUGCAGAAAAGAACUUGCUUUCCAUGUUGCCAAUCUUCAGAAUAAUGUCUGGGAAAUAUGUUGCAGUUCAAUCAAAGCAAGCAGUUGUUUCAACCACCAAUUCAGCCAUUCCAAAUGAUCUGCCAAUGCCUGAGACCAUUGUACAGUGUGCAAAUGAAGCUGAUCGCAGACUUUUGACUCUUCUUAAUAUUGAACUCUUAGAUGCAGUUAAUGUGGCUGUUCAUUUGGUUGACUGCAUUGAGACAGCCUCUUUCAAAAAAAAUGAGGAACAGACAGUAAUGACCUGGAUAUUGAAUAAUGGUAGCAUUCUACUCUCACAAAGUGAGCAGCUGCUCAUGAAAACUAAAAGUCUCAAAUUUAUUGAGACAACUCAGGGAGAUCACAAACAAGCUUCAGAUGUUUUUGAUCCAAGAAACGGGACAUUUCAGGAUCUUUUUGGGGCAGAUUUCUUUCCCCCACCUAUUUACACAAAGACCAAGGAAAUGCUUCAGAGUUUGCAAUGCCUUGGCCUAAAGACAGAGCAAAAAGAAAUAUUAACAGAAAACAUACUCCAAGUCAUAAAUCAUAUUGAAAAGCUUUGUGUCUACUCACCAGAUAAGGCAUUCAAAAAAGCACAUACUCUUGUUCGAGUCCUGAAUGAGAAUGAUUUUCUUUCAAAAUUCACCAAGGCACAGAUAGAAGAGCUGAAGCAAAGACAGUGGGUUCCCUGUGAAAAUCCAAAGUUCUCAAAUGCAAGCAUUUGUAACAUUAAGAGUGGUUUCUAUAAGCCAGCUGAAGUAAGGGAUUCAAAAUAUUCUUCAAUUGUUGGAUAUGUAAUGCCACUUACCUCUGAGCUAACAGGACAUGUCUGCAAAAUUCUUGGACUUUAUGAUCCCCCUCCUGCUGAAAAAGUCUUGGAGAACCUCACUGCACUGAGAUCAAUAGUCAACCCAAAUUCAGAUUUUCAGUUUAAAACCAAGCUGCACAGUACUUACAAAUUCAUGCAAGACAACAUGAGAAAUUUCACAGAUGUAAUGGACACAAAAAGCAUCCCCUGGAUAUGGAAUAAAAGUGAGUUUGUCUGUCCAGGAGAUAUAGUUUUAGCCUAUCCAUCUGAACUGGAUCUAAGCCCCUACAUCAAGAAAGUGCCUGAAGAAUUUUUGCAAUAUGAAAACCUGCUAACAAAGUUUGGUGUGAAGAACACACUGUCCGAUGAGGAGAUUGAAGACAUACUCCAUGACAUAAAACAAAGAAUUGACUGCAGGUGUCCUCCUCAUGGAAACUUGACAGAACUUAAAGUGUCAAUUGCCAUUCUUGACUGGAUGCGAAAGAAUGAGAAGCUUUUAAAAGACAGUACCCCUGUGCCUGUUAUGGCACAAAAUCAAAACUUUACUCUGCAGUCUUUGUCAAAAACAGUCUUCUGUGACAUCAGUGCUGAAGGACUUGAUGACCUGAAACAAGACAAUGAGGAGUUCUAUGUCAUUCAUGAAGAAGUUCUACCCAUCACUGCAAGAUGGUUGAAAGUCCCAUUCUUAAGUACUCGCAUCUUAAAACCACAGUUCAUACAAGCAGAGCAAGAUUCCUUUGGCAUAGAACAGUGUGGGCAAUCUGAACCAAUUACUCAAAGAAUUAAAAACAUUCUUAAAGAGUAUGAUGAAGAAAGUGACAUUUUCAAAGAACUCCUACAAAAUGCUGAGGAUUCUGGGGCAACCACAUGUAAAUGCCUCCUUGACUUCAGAAAACACAAAGAUCCCCCUGAAACACUCUUUGAUCCUGGAAUGUCCCUCUGCAAUGGACCAUGCCUUUGGAUCUUCAACAAUGAGCUUUUUUCAGAAGAAGAUUGGAGAAACAUUGUCAAAGUGGGGUCAGCAUCAAAGGAAAAAAAGGUUGAGAUGAUUGGAAAGUUUGGGCUUGGAUUUAAUGCUGUUUACCAUGUGAGUGAUAUUCCCUCGAUUUUGAGUGGGAAAACCCUUCUCAUACUUGAUCCAAAUGUCACCCAUUUGGAAAAGCACAUAGUCAGCAAAGGAAACCCAGGAAUUAAACUUGACCCAUUCCAGGAACGACUGUACAAAAGGUUUCCUGGACAGUUUAAAUCUUAUGAAGGAAUUUUUGAUUGUGAUCUGUCAGUGCAAAACAGCAAGAAAGCUUAUGACGGCACCUUGAUCAAAUUACCAUUUCGCACUCUGGAGGAGGCCAACAAGUCAGAGAUCAGUUCAAAGGUAUAUGAUGAAGAGCGAAUUAGGAGUUUUAAAAAUCAUUUGACUGACAACUCACAAACACACCUACUAUUUCUGAAAAGCAUUACAUCUAUGUUCCUUCAAAUUGUCCCUGAAAACGCAUCGACUCCUCCAAGGAAUGAUAAGAUUCAGACUCCUCUCAAAAUAUCCAGAGAAGUCAUGAAUUCAUUUCCAGUCUCGAUUGACACAUUUCUCCAAGAAAUCGAGAACACCUUCAGAAAUAGUGAUAUCAAAUGCCACAACAUUAUUGAUGUCAACAAAGCAAACAUUGUUAAAAUAGUUCAAGAGCAGUCAGAUAAAUCUUUCACCCAGUAUUGGCUUUUGUACUCAUGUUUUGGGACGCAUGCUUCUUUGCAAAUGUUUCAGAGAGGAAAUGAACAAGAACAUGUGUUUUCAUUUCCAAUGGGAGGUAUAGCUGUACCUUUGCAUAGAGAGGCAAAAGCUAACACAUGGUCCCCUGAUGAAAACCUCUUUGGCCAGGCUUUUUGCUUUCUUCCUCUCUCAAUUGAGACAGGUCUUCCAGUCCAUGUCAAUGGAACUUUUGCAGUCACAUCUAAUAGGAAAAGUCUAUGGGAAAAAGGAGUGAAGUCUGAGUGGAACAAAGCUUUACUGAAAGAUGCUGUAACUUCUGCCUACAUUACUACACUGCUUGAGCUGAAAAAAAUGGCCCAAAAUGGACAUAUCCAGAACUAUUCCUUCCAUACAUUCUGGCCUAACACACAGACAGUAAGCAAAGCAUUUUUACCCAUGGUUAAGUCAUUCUACUCAGCAGUUGUGCAGAAUGCCAAUGGCAAAUCUCUGGAGCUUUUCAGCCAUGGAAAACAUUGGUGUUCAAUGGACAAUGUGAGAUUUCUUAAUCCAAAAAUUGAGGAGAACCAAGAAAUUGGAGACAUUGCCAUGGAAGUGUUCUUGAGCUUGGGAGCUUCAUACUCCAGUGUUGUUUUUCUUCCAUCAUGGGUAAGACAGAGUUUCAUCGACUGCAGCUUCAAGCUGGAGAUCAAACAGAGAACAAUCAACUGGCCUGAAUUUUACAACAUUGUUUUUAAGAACUUGAGCUCUCUGAACACACACAGCAGAAAUAUUCUUGUGCUGAAUGCCAUUGACUUGAAUGAUCCUGCUGUUGAUGACUUACUGAAAAGUUACCCUUGCAUUCCAAUACAGAGCAGUAAGAACCUUCAAUUUAUCAAGCGACUUGUGAAUAGUUCUGGCAAAAUGGCUUAUUUGUAUGAACUUGAGGAAGGACGUUUUCUUGAAGGAACAGCAAAUGACUUUCUCUCACCAAAAAAGAUUCAACGACUUUCAGAGUUGGGAAUGCUGAGUGACCACCUCCCUUUAGAGGACAUCAUAGAAAGAGCAGGGAAGAUAUCCAGUGUUUGGCAACAGAAUAAAUUUAAAUGUCUUAGACAUCUUCAGAGUCUUAUGGAGUCAAUAAACGACUCCUCAGAAGAUGUGAAUUCUCUGCACUGGCACACACUGUCUCAAAUUCCAUUUCUUCCUGCCUUAGUUCCUUUAGUUCAGCAAAACAAGAAUGCCACUGUUCUUAAAAAACCCUCUGAAGUUUACAGUGACAUUUGUCGCAAUUUAGUAAGCAUGACAGAAUUCACAGUUGAUCAUUCAGCCCUUCAAAUACACAAUUAUGAUCCAGUUCUCCAAAAAUUGAGAGUACUGACAAAUCCAUCAGUUGAGACUGUGCUUCAGCAGCUGUUAAAAGCACACCAACACUGCAAUGCAUUUGGAAAUACUGCCCUCUUCAACAUUGUCCAGUCUUGUUAUGAAUAUCUCAACUAUUACUUGUUGGAACAGAAAGAUCCCAAUCCCAUUAUUGGCCAUGCAAAAUCAAUUCCAUUCAUUUUCAUUGAGGAUCACUUUGUAAAUGUGAGGUCAGUGGCCAAAAGUGAAGAAUUUGAAGAGAAACCAUAUCUCUAUGUGCUUCCAGUCAUCUUCUCCAAAUUUGAGAGGCUCUGGGACUGCCUUGGUGUCAACAAACAAUUCACAAAAGAGCAAUUUGUUGCUGCACUUAAUGAAAUUGAGGCUUUAAAUGGAUCUCACCCUCUCUCCAUGUCAGACCUUCAAAAGUGUGUUGCAAUACUCAUUAAAGGACUAUACAAAAUCAAAGAUGAAAAGGUUACAGACUGUCUCAUACCUGAUGAGAGAGGUGUGUUGACCUCUUCUAAAGAGCUGAGAUUUAAUGACAGCCCAUGGAUGCCUGUUGCAGCUGGUGUCAAGCUCGCCCAUGAUCUGAUACCUCGACCUGUGGCCUGUCAUUUUGGUGUAAUGACAACAAGACACCAUACUCUGAAGAAUCAUUUAGUCAGUGCGUUUCCCCUUCAUGCCAAAGAAUUUGGACAAACUGAGAAACUUACUGUCCGAAUAAAAAAUUUAAUUGGUGCAUAUCCAUCUAAAAAGGAUAUUCUGAAAGAGCUUAUUCAAAAUGCUGAUGAUGCACAGGCAACAGAAAUUCACUUUGUAUGGGACAAAAGAAAACAUAAGACAGAAAAGAUAUUUGGAAAGAAAUGGGAGCUGGUUCAGGGUCCAGCUCUUUGUGUGUACAACAACAGAACAUUUUCUGAUGCGGAUCUGGAAGGUAUCCAGCAGCUGGGGGAAGGAGGAAAACAUGGUACUUUAGGGAGAACUGGUAAAUAUGGACUUGGCUUCAAUUCUUUGUAUCAUCUGACAGAUUGUCCAUCCAUCCUGACUGGUGACAAAUGGCUCUGCAUUUCUGAUCCAAAUUUAAAAUAUGUGGAAGAUGUAACAGAACAGUCCCCAGGCUGCAAGUUUUUACUUGAUGAUGAAUUAAAAAAGUCUUUUGAGGAUGUUUAUCAUACCUUUCUUCCAGAAAUGUUUGUACUCAAUUCUGGAACAAUGUUCAGGCUCCCUCUCAGGACAGAGGAAAUGGCAGAAAAAUCUGAAAUAUCUAGACAUACAGUCACAGACCAUGACAUGAAGGAAUUUUACUAUGCCUUGACUGAAGAACUAAUACUCUUCUUGAAACACAUCACAAAAAUACAGUUCUUGGAGAUCAGUGAAGAUGGAACACAUAAAUGUAAUUUCCUUAUUGAAAAGAAAUUCACAGAGAAGAACAUGGUAAGCAAGGAAAACUUUCACAGACAUGUUCGAGAAUCCCUCAUGUCAGGAACAGCAGAACCCUGCAAAACCAUCUAUGACAUGCAAAUCUUAUCUGGAAAUAAACAGUGGAAUUGGAUCAUUGCAGAGAGCUUUGGCUUUUCAAAACAAAACUAUAUGCAAAAAAACAAGCAAGAUGAUUCCAAAGUUCCUCAAGCUGCUCUGGCUGCAUGUAGGAGCAGCCCAUUUAACCACACAUUUACUGGCAGGGCAUUUUGUUCUUUGCCCUUACCUGGACAAACUGGUUUACCAGUUCAUGUGAAUGCAAAUUUUGAAGUAGAUUCUUCUAGAAGGGACUUGUGGAAAGAAGAUGGUAAUAGUCUAAAGACAGAGUGGAACCAGUCACUGAAAGUAAACAUCAUUUCACCACUCUAUGCUGACCUCCUGUUACAUCUGUGUUCAGUCAUGAAGAAGGAUACACCUGCAGCUCUUGUAUUGCUCGAGUCCCAGCUAGAGUCUUCUUGCCUUAAUUACUUUCCAUGCAUUUCUCUAGGAGUAGACAAAGUCUGGCAUGAGAUGAUCCAUGAGGUCUAUAAAUCAAUCAGCCAACGUGACCUUCCUGUGAUACCCACUGUACACGCUGUUUCUGAGUCAUCAAAUCUUUCACUACAAAAAUACACAGUUACCUGGUGCAGUCAAUCUAAACAACAUUCAGAAAAUUGUCCAUAUUUUUCAAGUGAAGAAAAUGAUGGAAUUUUCAAAAUUUUAGAUGACAUCGGGAUGAAAUUAGUACCAAACUCUUGGAAAAUUAAUGAAAUAAAAAAGAAUUUCAUAGGAGCUGGUGUGAAUGUGACAGAAGUCAGUGCUUCAACAGUGAUUAAUUUCUUGAAGCAUAGAUCUUUAAAUGAUCCUUCCCAGACAACUAGUGAUUUGCCUUUGCCCAUCAGCCAGACAUGGAUCAAAGACAAAACAAGAUGUUCAGAACUUCUGAGCUUCUGCUUGACAAAUGCCGAUGAAAAAAAUAUCCAUGACCUCAAUGGGCUGCCUCUUCUCCUCACAGAAGAUCAGAUGUUAAGAGUCUUUGACUCUAAAUCCCCAAAGCUGAUAUCAAGAUUUAGCAGUCUUUUCCAAGGACAUCAAGAAAUGUUUGCAGACAAUGAUGUCAAUAAAAAUCAUGUCCAAAUUCUACAUGAGGGAGAGUUUAUUGAUGACAUAACAAUUGACAUAGCAGCUAUGUAUUUGAAACCAGAACUUGCUGAACUGCUCAGUCACUCAUUACCUGAUCAAAUGUGCCAGCUUUACAAAGCGGAGACAAAGACGAUUCAAUGGCUGAAAACAUUAUGGAGCUUCUUUGAUGAUCAAGAGAAAAGUAACCAAAAUGAAUGUCUGAAUGUCUUCAGUGAGAUAAAGAAGCAAUUUGAAAACUGCCCUAUCUUACCAGUAAUCUGCCCCAGUCAAAAUAACGCACAUUUCUUACAAACAAUGGGGAACAUAUCAAAAGUGAUUCAGUAUCAAAAUGAAAAAAUAGCAUCCAUUCUCAUAAAACUGGGGUUCAUGAAAUUAGACCUCAGCUUUUUCAGUGACCUCACAACUGAGUUCCGUUUCAAGUAUAUGAAUCCAGAACUCCUGCAAACAGGAGACAGCAGUGCUGUUUUGGGGCAGGUUUAUCAUGUACCUCAUACACAGUUUGAGGAACUGUCUAAAGAAGAAUGUGUAGAUCUUCAAUGCUUUUUACAACAUGGGAUCAGAGAUUCCAAUAACAAGAGUCAAGAUGUGUGGAUGCUCAAGUCUUUGCCCCUGUUUGAGUCAAUAACUGGAAAACGGAAAAAGAUUGAUUCACACAAAAUGAUAUUCAUUCUGAAUUCUUCGCAUUACACUGAUUUUCCGAACUUGUACCAGGUUGAAGGAUGUGACAGCAUUUUCCUCAAGCACACCUGGGUGAACCUAGAAUUGGCAGAACAUUUAAAUAUUAAGGUUCUAAAUGACUUGGAAUUCUGUGUACAGUUUAUUCUUCCUUCUGUGCACAUGAUGAAUGAGGCCAAGCUUCUUGAUUUAAUGCAGUUUUUAGUGGAGCUUGGACCAGUGGACCCCAGGGUUGUCUCUGCACUGGGAGAUGUCAGAUUUAUUCAAGACAUCCAUGGCUCUCUUCAGGUGGCUUCAUACUUCUAUGAUGUCAAUGUACCCCUUUACAGGGUAAUGCUUCCAAAACAGAGAUUUGUGCCAGAAACAUUUUGGGAGAUUUUCAAAGAUAAAUGUACUGAAGCACUUUGUCUCUUAAAGGACCUUGGAUUGAAACAUAAAGUGUCUAAUGAGGAGAUCAUUCAGUUUGCAAAACAAAUUGAAUCUGAAACUAGAGGCAACACUCCUCUAGAUGUUCUUAAGGAAAGAUCAAAUCUGCUCUUUAGGAUUGUUUUGUCAAAGAGUAAUGACAAAAACUCAAAUUUACUGAACAGAGUUGCUAACAUUAAAUUCAUCUUCCCAAUACAAAUUCAGCAAACACUUUGUUAUUAUCAUAAGGCCUUUGCUCAAGAGAGGGAGGUUGUUGCAAUCAGUGGAUCAUUGAUUGACAGAGACAGUGAUCACCAUUAUCUGAUAUGGACAUCUAUGUCAAUCCUACCUUCAGAACGCUGCUUUCCACGUCACAUAAAGAAAAUAAAGGAUGCCGGAGCCUUGGAGACUCCACCUCCUGAACAAAUAGCUGCUAAUCUGAAAAACAUCUGUACUUCUCAGUGCCACAGUGACAGAUUGUUGGAAACAAGAAACACAGUAUUUAGCAAAUCAUACGCAUACCUACAGUCAAUAAAUUUCGAUGCCUCUCUGUUCUCAGACCUUCCCAUUAUCUUGGUGGAAAACAGGACAAAACUUGUGAAGGCUAAACAAACAUCACUUUUGCUACAUGGCGCUCUUGAGUUUAGGCCUUAUUUGUACCGCAUUCCCUCAAAUUAUAUGAAAUUUGAAGAAUUCUUCAAGAAGAUUGGUGUAAAGGAGAGGCCCAGCAUCGAUCAAUAUAUCACUGUUCUUCAAGAAAUCUAUUCUGAUAGUUCUGACAAAGACAGCCUUCAGGCAAAUCAGCAGAAAGCUGUGAAGCGUGUUGUACAACAGCUGUUUUGCCUGCUGAAGGAGGAACAGAACAAAACCUCUUUCCAAAACAAUCAACUUUAUCUUCCAUCAACAGAUGGAAGACUCUAUGAAUCCAGCACUUUGUUUUUCAAUGACACAGUCUUCCAGCCUGCAAGACUUGAGGGUCCUUUGGAAACCAAGCUGAAACUGCUUGAAAAAUUAAACUGCUGCUAUCUUGGAGAUGAUCACUAUGAACAUCAAACAUUGUUGCAGCUCCUUCCCCAGCAAGUUCGCCCCAAAUUUCUCUCUGAUGUAAUUUCUGAAAGCCUGGAGGAAACAAGUGUCCAGUACUGUGAUGAAGGGGAAUGUGAAUUCAGUGGCUGGUUUGACAAACACUUGUCUUCUGCUGCUUUUCUUCAUGGACUAGUCUGUCUCAUCAGAGAAGACAGCAAAGGUGAGAUUUCACAGUCUGAAGCUGCUGGAAAGUGUGAAGAAAUCUUUUCUAAGAUUCAAAUUAUCUGUUGCAAAACUCUUCAAACUGAACUUCUCUUAAACCGUGAGCCACUUGAAGGUAGCAAGGCUGAAACAGAUGUUUAUGUGAAAAAACAGAAAGAUGGAUGCAGUUUCUACUUGAAACACAAUGAUGACAUGGCCUUCAAAGUAGUAAAUGAAGUUAAUAUGUGUCUUACUAAAGAAAUAAAUGCUCUUCUAAAGAACUGCCUGACCAACUCAAGCCUUCUAGUGCUUGGGCAACUUCUGCUGUGUGAUAACAUGGAGGAUGUUGAGAAAACAUUGGCAAAUCAUGGCAUUCAUAACAGUGGUCACAAGGAGGAAGGACACAGUGCCUUACCGAAACCUGGAUGUCGCAUUCCUGAAGAAUGGCACGACUGCCUUGAUAUGAACUAUCUUAACAACUUUGAAAGUGGAGAGUAUGUUGGCUUCAGCAAGGACGAAUCUGGUGAAUAUUUCUAUGCCAUUGUUGUAAACCGACUAGAUGAUUCAAUGGGACAAAUUAGACAUUUUCUUGCCAGAUAUAAAAUACAAGUUGGCAGCGAUGACUUCAUUGAAGUAAGCUCUCUUGACCUUUACCAAUUUAAAAGGGAAAAGAAGGCAACUGUGUCAACAGGGUCCACUUGCACAGAUAUAAAAUGUAUUUUGACAUCCAGGCCUCCACCCAACACAGAGUCCUCUUGCACAGAUAUAGAAUGUUUUUUGACAUCUAGACCUCCACCCAAAGUAGUCUUUCCAGGGACAUUUACAGAGAUCAAAAGUGAAAUUGACCAAAGCUUAAAUGAAAUCUGGAAUAUGUCAAGCGAGGACAAACAAAAAGCCAUUAAACGUCUCUACCUCCGGUGGCAUCCAGACAAGAAUCCAGGGAAUGAAGAACUUGCCAAUGAGGCAUUCAAAUACCUGCAAAACAGAAUUGAGGAACUACAACAAGGGGAAACUGAACAAAGCACAUCCUCAACCUGUAGAGACUUUCGCGAUUUCUAUGACACGUGGAACACAGAGGCACAAAGCCACAGGAGGGGACGCGAGAGGUUCUAUCAGAACUACUCUAGAAGGCAUUAUAACUUUUGGUCAUACCACAGAGAAACACCAAGGCCAAACAGAGGAGAGGCAAAACGCUGGUUUGAACAGGCUCAAUGUGACAUCAGAGCAGCUCACAACGACACUGGAGGAGAUUGCUCAGAGUGGUGUCUGUUCAAGGUGCAUCAGGCUGUGGAAAAGUCCCUGAUAGCAGCAAUGUACAAGAGAAGUGGACAGCAUCCCAACAACUGCUCAAUAACUAGCCUUGCUCAGCAGGUGUCCCAUUACAGCUCACAGCUGACUUCUUUACCCAACACUGUGAGGCAACUGACUGAACUUGGUGUUGAUGGCAAAAAAACCCAGUAUCCAAACCAUCACCAAUUUCCUCACAUUCCUAACAAGCAGUUCAGCCUUAAUAAUGCCAGACAGGCAUUGGAUAUUGCAACAAAUCUUUUAGAAAAAAUAGAAGUAUACAUUUCUUGAAACUACUGUCUAUGUUUCAUUGAGAGAAUCAUGAGUUCACCAGCCCAUUCAGUCUUAAUUGGAAAUGGUAAACAGACUUAGCUUGCUGUCCUUGAAGGAGGCUCAAGCCCGAGGCUCGGUACAAACUCUGAGCUAAACCCCCCUAUGACAGUACUGCGCAGAGGGAGAAUAAGAGAAAUAGAGGAGAUGGGGAGGAGGAGAGAUUCUGGAAGAAUUGUCACUGGGAUGACGCAGUGACUGCUGCUUAUAUACGCUCAUAAUGAUGAUUGACAGGACUGAAUGUUUAGGUUCCUCCCGAACCUACGUUUGGAACUACAUUUUGUACUGCUACCAUACAUAUUGGAAAUUCUUAAUUCUUUGUAAUCAUGUUUUGAUAAUUCUGGUUCCAAGCCUUUUUCUCCUCUUACAUACAAUUAUAUGCAACAUUUAUAUUAUUGUAUACUGGGCAUACAAGGUCAUGGGUUCGAUUCCCAGGAAAUGCAUGAAAUAAAUUGUAUAUCUUGAAUGCAAUGUAAGUUGCUUUAAAUGGAAU